CCCGCCCCCGCCGCCGGCCCGCGCCGGCCCGCUGACCUCCUGGACCACAGCCCGAGGACGCCUCCGAGCGAGCGAUGUCUCCUCUCCACAAAGUUGCGGCCGCCGCUGCAGCCGCCGUCGGGCGCUGAAACAAAGUCGAGCGGGGCUGCCUCCCCGGUGCCCGAGCGCACCCGUGCCCAGGGGCUGGACACCGCGGUCGGUCGAGCUGUCUCGCCGGGAGCCCGGAACGUGCUUUGGCCAUGGCUGAGGGCGCGGCUGGCAGGGAGGGUCCGGCGCCUCUUGACGCUGCCGCGGGCGAGGACGACCCCCGAGCCGGCGCCGACGCUGCCUCCGGGGACGCUGCCCCCGCGGCCUCGGGUGGCCGGAUGAGGGACCGUCGCAGCGGGGUCGCGCUGCCGGGCCCUGCAGGGGUCCCCGCGGACGGCGAGGCCGGUCUCCUGGAGGCUGCGCGAGCGACCCCCCGGCGCAGCAGCAUCAUCAAGGAUCCUUCAAACCAAAAAUGUGGUGGGAGGAAGAAAACAGUGUCCUUCAGCAGCAUGCCGUCAGAGAAGAAGAUCAGCAGCGCCAGCGACUGCAUCAGCUUCAUGCAGGCUGGCUGCGAGCUGAAGAAAGUACGACCGAACUCCCGCAUCUACAACCGGUUCUUCACCCUAGAUGCAGACCUCCAGGCUCUCCGCUGGGAACCAUCCAAGAAAGACCUUGACAAAGCCAAGCUGGACAUUUCCGCCAUCAAAGAGAUCCGGCUGGGCAAGAACACAGAGACAUUCAGAAACAAUGGGCUCGCCGACCAGAUCUGUGAAGACUGCGCCUUCUCCAUCCUCCACGGGGAAAACUACGAGUCUCUGGACCUGGUUGCCAAUUCAGCAGAUGUGGCAAACAUCUGGGUGUCGGGGUUGCGGUACUUGGUCUCACGUAGUAAACAACCACUUGAUUUUAUGGAGGGUAACCAGAACACACCACGGCUCAUGUGGCUAAAAACGGUGUUUGAGGCCGCAGAUGUUGAUGGGAAUGGGAUUAUGUUAGAAGACACUUCCGUGGAGUUAAUAAAACAACUCAACCCUACCCUGAAGGAAUCUAAGAUCAGGUUAAAGUUUAAAGAAAUCCAGAAGAGCAAAGAAAAACUAACCACCCGGGUGACAGAGGAGGAAUUUUGUGAAGCUUUCUGUGAACUCUGUACCAGGCCAGAAGUGUAUUUCUUACUUGUCCAGAUAUCUAAGAACAAGGAAUAUCUGGAUGCCAAUGACCUCAUGCUCUUCUUAGAAGCUGAGCAAGGGGUUACCCACAUCACUGAGGAUAUGUGCUUAGAUAUCAUCAGGAGGUAUGAGUUUUCCGAAGAGGGCCGUCAGAAAGGGUUUCUUGCCAUUGAUGGUUUUACCCAGUAUUUACUGUCUCCAGAAUGUGACAUUUUUGAUCCAGAGCAAAAGAAGGUUGCCCAAGACAUGACCCAGCCCUUAUCCCACUACUAUAUCAAUGCGUCUCAUAAUACCUACCUGAUAGAAGACCAGUUCAGGGGACCAGCUGAUAUCAAUGGGUAUGUGAGGGCUUUGAAAAUGGGCUGUCGAAGCAUUGAGCUCGAUGUGAGUGAUGGUUCGGAUAAUGAGCCCAUCCUUUGUAACAGAAACAACAUGGCCACACAUCUUUCCUUUCGAAGCGUUCUAGAGGUCAUCAAUAAGUUUGCCUUUGUUGCUUCAGAAUACCCGCUCAUCCUCUGCUUGGGGAAUCACUGUUCUCUACCUCAGCAGACAGUCAUGGCUCAGCAGAUGAAAAAGGUGUUUGGCAAUAAACUCUAUACAGAAGCGCCUUUGUCAUCUGAAUCCUACCUCCCAUCACCCGAAAAACUAAAGAACAUGAUCAUUGUAAAAGGAAAGAAACUGCCUUCAGAGUCAGAUCUGCUAGAGGGAGAAGUAACUGAUGAGGAUGAAGAAGCUGAGAUGUCUCGGAGGAUGUCAGGGGAUUACAACGGUGAGCAGAAACAUAUCUGGCUCUGCCGAGAGCUCUCUGACUUGGUAUCCAUCUGCAAAUCUGUUCAGUACAGGGAUUUUGAACUGUCUAUGAAAACCCAAAACUACUGGGAAAUUUGUUCAUUUAGUGAAACAGAGGCCAGCCGAAUUGCAAAUGAAUACCCGGAGGAUUUCGUCAAUUACAACAAGAAGUUCUUAUCAAGGAUCUACCCUAGUGCCAUGCGGAUAGAUUCCAGUAAUUUGAACCCACAGGACUUCUGGAAUUGUGGCUGUCAAAUUGUGGCAAUGAAUUUUCAAACUCCUGGUCCAAUGAUGGACCUCCACACCGGCUGGUUUCUUCAGAACGGGGGAUGUGGCUAUGUCCUGAGGCCAUCUAUCAUGCGAGAUGAGGUUUCAUACUUCAGCGCAAAUACAAAGGGCAUUGUGCCUGGGGUGUCUCCCCUGGUCCUUCACAUCAAGAUCAUCAGCGGUCAGAACUUCCCGAAGCCCAAGGGGGCGUGUGCCAAAGGGGAUGUCAUAGACCCCUAUGUUUGUGUGGAGAUUCAUGGGAUUCCGGCUGACUGCUCCGAGCAAAGAACUAAAACUGUGCAACAGAACAGUGAUAAUCCCAUUUUUGAUGAAACUUUCGAGUUCCAGGUCAACCUUCCUGAGCUGACCAUGGUCCGGUUUGUUGUUCUGGAUGAUGAUUACAUCGGUGAUGAGUUCAUCGGGCAGUACACGAUACCGUUUGAAUGUCUGCAGCCCGGGUACCGGCAUGUCCCCCUGCGCUCCUUUGUGGGGGACGUCAUGGAGCACGUGACCCUUUUUGUCCACAUAGCAAUAACCAAUAGAAGUGGAGGAGGGAAGGCGCAGAAGCGUAGCCUCUCUGUGAGAAUGGGGAAGAAAGUUCGAGAAUACACCAUGCUCAGGAAUAUCGGUCUGAAGACCAUAGAUGAUGUCUUCAAAAUCGCGGUUCAUCCCUUACGAGAAGCCAUAGACAUGAGAGAGAACAUGCAGAACGCCAUAGUGUCUGUUAAGGAGCUGUGUGGACUCCCGCCCAUCGCCAGUCUGAAACAGUGCCUGCUAACCCUGUCCUCUCGUCUCAUCACCAGUGACAGUCUUCCCUCCGUGUCUCUAGUGAUGAAGGACAGCUUUCCUUACCUGGAGCCUCUGGGGGCCAUUCCAGACGUGCAAAAGAGGAUGCUAGCUGCCUAUGACCUGAUGAUUCAAGAGAGCCGGGUCCUCAUAGAAAUGGCCGACUCGGUCCAUGAAAAGAUUGUACAGUGUCAGAAAGCAGGGAUGGAGUUCCGAGAAGAGCUUCAUGAUCUGGGGGCAAAGGAGGGCUUGAAAGGAAGAAAACUCAACAAGGCAAUUGAGAGCUUUGCUUGGAACAUCACUGUGCUGAAGGGACAAGGAGACCUGCUGAAGAACGCCAAGAAUGAAGCUAUAGAGAACAUGAAGCAGAUGCAGCUGGCCUGUUUGUCUUGUGGACUGAGUAAAGGCCCUGGCAGUGGGGCCGAGGCCAAGGGCAAGCGCAGCCUGGAAGCAAUAGAGGAGAAGGAAAGUAGCGAGGAGAACGGGAAGUUGUGACCUGGGCAGUGCACAUGCCCUUGUCAGGGACUCUGAUUUCCCAUUCUUGUCUUUGUGUUUUGUUCCAUUCUUCAGAUGCUCACAGAAAUGAUGCCCUCCAUGGGCAGCUGUACAUAAACAUAUGUUUUCACAGUGUCAGUAUUUUCCUGUAGUUAAUUUAUCUAAGUUAAAACUUUUAGUAGCAGUGUUUUAAACUCUGAGCUGUGGCUGUCUGUGUGCAUGUGUGUGUGUGUGUGUGUGUGUGUGUGUGUGUGUGAGAGAGAGAGAGAGACCCUGUUAAAAUCUGUUCUCUGUUGUAUUAUUGGUUCCAGUUUUUAUCUUUAUCAUCAUUUGGAGACAGCUGAUAAUCUGAAUCCUAAUGGACAUUUAUUGUAACUCAUUGCUGUGGUUAGUUUUGUCUCUCUGCCUUUGUCAUUUAAUUUUGGAGAUCUUAGCACAGCUUAUCAUUGAAGAAAACCAAAUUAUCAAAGCAAAAGUGUUUCAUAGAUUACAUGUAGAUUUAAAAAAAAAUCCUCAAAAUUAU